UCAGGGAGCUUCAGAGAAAACGUUAAGAAGAAUAUAUAUAAAGUCUAGUGAUUCCCAUACAAUUAUGUUGUAAAAUAUUCAUAGCUUGGUUCACCUUCAGCGUUAUGCGGAAAGCUGGAGCUUGACUUUGGACUUUGGACCUAUCAGAGAUCAGGCAGUUAUAAAUAAAGAGGUCGUGCAGCAUCAGUCAUUCUCACACCUGGCUGACACCAUGUGGAUUCUCGUCGCCUCUCUAAUAUUAGGCCUUCAGACUGUGUCUGGCCAGAGCACUGUGAGAUGGUGUGCAAUCUCAGCUCAAGAGAUGACCAAAUGUAACGCCAUGGCGCAGGCCUUCAGCAGUGUGGGUAUCCGUCCAACUAUCCAGUGCGUCAGCGACGGGUCUGUGGAAGGAUGCGCGCAGAAGAUCAGGAAAAACCAAGUAGAUGCCUUUUCAAUGAGCGCUAAGGAUAUCUACACCUUGGGGGAAGAAACUAACUUCAAAAUAGCUGCAGGAGAGAGUUCUGCAGAUGGAGAGGGCACAACCUACUAUGCGGUUGCCGUGGUGAAGAAGACGAACCCGGGCAUCAACGUCAACACACUGAAGGGCAGGAAGACGUGUCACACAGGGAAGGGCCGUACCGCCGGCUGGGACAUGCCCCUGGGAUACCUCAUCGACCAGGGCAAGAUGUCUGUCAUGGGCUGCGACAUCCCACAGGGGGUGUCAGAUUUCUUUAAUGCCAGCUGUAUCCCUGGGUCACAGGGAGACCCUCCCUCCCUUUGCCAGCUGUGUAAAGGCAACAAAGAUGGACAGUUUGUAUGUGACAAGACUGACAAGGAGAGAUACUACGCUUACAACGGGGCCUUCAGGUGUUUGGUUGAAGAUGCAGGAGAGGUGGCUUUUGUAAAGCACACCACAGUUGAGGAGAACACAGACGGACACGGUGACCCUGCCUGGGCCUUAGAGCUGAAGUCUUCAGACUACGAGCUGUUGUGUAGAGAUGGGACCAGGGCCCCAGUGAGAGAACACCGCCGGUGCCACCUGGUCAGGGUGCCAGCCAGGGGCAUCGUGGUCAAAUCUGACAUCAGUGGCACUGUGGUCUACAACAUGCUGACAGAAGGACUGAGGAAGUCAGGUUUCCCCAUCUUUCAGCCGGGCGAGUUCGGCGACAAUUUGCUGUUCAGUGAUUCGUCCACAAAGUUCCUGAGGGCGGAGUCUGAUGAUCCUAAGGCGUGGAUGGGCUCCAUCUACCACAGCACUCUCAAAGCCAUGGACUGCAUCCCAGAGGAGAUGCCCCAGUCCCUGCGUUGGUGUGUGUUGUCCAGCGGUGAGCAGCAGAAGUGUGCAGACAUGGCAGAGGCCUUCAGUGCCAAGUCUCUGUUCCCCAGUAUCCAGUGUGUGAUGGGAUCCUCAGUGGAUGACUGCAUGAAGAAGAUCCAGAAUAAAGAGGCAGAUGCCAUCACCCUGGAUGGAGGUUACAUCUACACAGCAGGGAAAAGCUACGGGCUGGUGCCUGCUGCUGGGGAGAGCUACACAGGGGACAGGGAUGGCAGUAUGUACUAUGCUGUGGCAGUGGUGAAGAAGUCCAACCGUGACAUCACCACGCUGGAGAACCUGAGGGGAAAGAGCUCCUGUCACACUGGCUACGGCCGUACAGCAGGCUGGAACAUCCCCAUGGGCCUGUUCAUAGAGAAAGGCCUCAUCAGACCUGCUCAGUGUCAGAUACCACAAGCCGCUGGAGGUUUCUUUAAGAACAGUUGUGUCCCUGGUGCCAAUCAGCCUGGUUUCCCUGGCAACCUGUGUGACCUGUGUGUGGGGGACAGCAGUGGGCAGAACAAGUGUGAGAAAGGCAAGGACCUGUAUGAUGGAUACGAUGGAGCUUUCAGGUGUUUGGCCAAGGGAGCUGGAGAGGUGUCCUUCAUCAAACACACCACUGUCUUCCAAAACACCGAUGGUAACUCAGGUGAGUCGUGGGCCAUUGACCUGCAGUCUAAGGACUUCCAGCUGCUGUGUCCCCAUGGCUCCAGGGCAGAGGUCACCCAGUACGCCCACUGUAACCUGGCCCGCGUCCCCUCCCACGCUGUUAUGGUACGGCCCGACACCAACAUCUACGCCCUCUACGGCCUGCUGGACAAAGCACAGGAGUACUAUAGUAGUGACACAGGUUCAGGGUUCAAGAUGUUUGACUCCUCUAAGUACCAGGGCUCUGACCUCAUCUUCAAAGACUCCACUGUCAGCAUGAUGGGAGUGGCUGAGAGGAAGACCUAUGACCAGUGGCUGGGACAGGGCUACAUGGACUCACUUACCAACAUGGAGUGCAACGCCUCUGCUAAAGCACUGUCCUCCCUGCUCCUGGUGGCUCUGAUGAGCUCCAUCUUCCUCUGGGUGUAAGAAGAAAUGUCCUAACCCAACCCUAACCCCUGUCCAUUUUCCAGCCCCAACCAUAACCCCUGUGCAUGUUCCAACCCUAACCCAACCCUAACCCCUGUCUAUGUUCCAGCCCCAACCCUAACCCCUGUGCAUGUCCGCAUCUCUUCCUCUGUAUCUGAUUCAUAGCUUACGAUUGUACUAAACUACUGUAUAUGUUGAUACUAGGAUUUGUGAUGGAGGGUAACAUGUUGAAAAUACUAUUUGACUUGGGUCUAAAUGAUGAUCACUGUUGUUGAGUCAGUGAGUCAAGGUGCUUUAUUGAGCCCUGUCAGUCAAUGGGGAAAAGAGCAUGUUUUCUUUGGUUGAGCCGCAGGAGAUGAACUCAUUCCCAACCAGAGAUGACAAGGGACUUCAUCGCUAUUAUGCUUACUGACUGUAACUGCCAUAUCAGUGCAUAUGCUUUUACCUGUUACAUACUUUACUCUGCAGUGUCCUUCUCUCCGCAUGGUUUAUGUUGCCCACACUGACUAUUUUGAGUACUACUUAUGGGCACAAAACACAUCUGGGAAUAUGGCGUGUUUUGCACAUUCCGCCUCUACUGUAUAAGCUAAUGCCAUAUCAGUGAAUAUGCACUGCUUGAACUACAGGAUGUAUGUUGUGAAAUGUAUUGAAAAGAGUCAAAGGGUUGUUAUAUUCAUAUGUUCUCCCCAAAUCCUGGAAAGACAAACAUUUAAGCCAAGACAACUUGCUCACUAUCCGCAUUUAGGCGCUCGAUUCAAUCCGUAUCACGGAAGUUCAGCGUUACUGAAAUGUAAAAGCAAUGUUCCCGCGAUAGCGGAGACUGCAGUCAUGGUAAACGCUGCAUAACACUUCAGCGAUACAGAUUGAAUAGAGGCCUAGAAGUUUAAAUUUGCUUGGCUGGUAAUCAAAUUCUAUGAUAAGAAUGAUGCGAAUUAUAGCCUACUGAUAAAUAUUAUGGAUUGGAACCUGCUUGCACCUGAUAUGCACUUGCAUCGGUCAGAACUUUCUAUUCUUUUUGGAGAGAACAUUGAACAAGCCAUUCCUGUUUUUGCUUUUGAAACUGAGUGAUUUUGAAGUCAUGUGGAAUGUUGAAAAUUACAGUCAGGUUUAAAUUCUUAUAUUACAUUCCAAUGUUGUACACAUGAGCUAAGAUCCAUAAUCUAUAACAAUAGUGAUUAUAAGGAAUGGAACUCUACCCAACUCUGAUCAAGUGCUUCUUGAUUCCUGCACAGCGAAGUGUUUGUUUUAUUUUUUACUGCUCUUUUGCAAUUUUGUGUUCCUGUCCAGAAUAUCAGCUUGAUUUUUACGUUUAUUUCAAUGAGAGAUAUGUUUAUAUGAAGCUCAGGUACCAUAUCAGUGUAUAUGUACUGAGUACUGACUCAUUUCUGUCAGAAACGAACGCCUGCCUUCAAAGUCAUAGCAAUUUCUUCGAUGAAAUGAUAAAACAUGUAACUAAUAUUUAGUUGCCAGGCCAGUGUGUCUGCAGAAGUAUAGCUACAUACUGCUUAUUUAAGAAUUCUCUGCUGUUCUUAUUAAAAAUCUGCAUAUGGAA